GCUGAUACCAAGGACAUCAAUCUAUCACCCAAACACAAGGCUGAUACCAAGGACAUCAGUCUAUCACCCAAACACAAGGCUGAUACCAAGGACAUCAGUCUAUCACCCAAACACAAGGCUGAUACCAAGGACAUCAAUCUAUCACCCAAACACAAGGCUGAUACCAAGGACAUCAGUCUAUCACCCAAACACAAGGCUGAUACCAAGGACAUCAGUCUAUCACCCAAACACAAGGCUGAUACCAAGGACAUCAGUCUAUCACCCAAACACAAGGCUGAUACCAAGGACAUCAGUCUGUCACCCAAACACAAGGCUGAUACCAAGGACAUCAGUUUAUCACCCAAACACAAGGCUGAUACCAAGGACAUCAGUCUGUCACCCAAAUACAAGGCUGAUACCAAGGACAUCGGUCUAUCACCCAAACACAAGGCUGAUACCAAGGACAUCAGUCUAUCACCCAAACACAAGGCUGACACCAAGGAUAUCAGUCUAUCACCCAAACACAAGGCUGAUACCAAGGACAUCAGUCUAUCACCCAAACACAAGGCUGAUACCAAGGACAUCGGUCUAUCACCCAAACACAAGGCUGACACCAAGGACAUCAGUCUAUCACCCAAACACAAGGCUGAUACCAAGGACAUCAGUCUAUCACCCAAACACAAGGCUGAUACCAAGGACAUCAGUCUAUCACCCAAACACAAGGCUGACACCAAGGACAUCAGUAUAUCACCAAAACACAAGGCUGAUACCAAGGACAUCAGUCUAUCACCCAAACACAAGGCUGAUACCAAGGACAUCAGUCUAUCACCAACAUCAAACACAAGGCUGAUACCAAGGACAUCAGCUGAUACCAAGGACAUCAGUCUAUCACCUGAACACAAGGCUGACACCAAGGACAUCAGUCUAUCACCCAAACACAAGGCUGAUACCAAGGACAUCAGUCUAUCACCCAAACACAAGGCUGAUACCAAGGACAUCAGUCUAUCACCCAAACACAAGGCUGAUACCAAGGACAUCAGUCUAUCACCCAAACACAAGGCUGAUACCAGUGACAUCAGUCUAUCACCCAAACACAAGGCUGAUACCAGUGACAUCAGUCUAUCACCCAAACACAAGGCUGAUACCAAGGACAUCAGUUUAUAA